AUGACUAGACAUACCUUACUUGACAUGGACUUUACAAAUAUGUGUGACCCCACCCCUGUGUUGUGUCCAUCUGAUAACCAGCAAUAUGAAGCCAAUGCCUGUGCCCCAAACGAUAGCCCCGGAUCAUCAAACCCUCCACGUACUGUUUCGUCUAAAGAGGCGCCAUCUAGUAACUUAAAAGCGACUAUACUGCAUCAGUUAUCAACAGUAGUGGAACAAUUGGAACUUCAAAGAAAGAGAAUUGACGAAAUUGCAGCUACAAAAACAUCGCCCGAUUCUGUGAAUAAUAUGUCUAAUAGUGAAUACAAAUGGGGCAGGGAAAUGGAAUUAUAUAGAAGUGAGGUGUUUGAUGUGAAAACUUGCCUAAAACAAGGUGUGAGUGCGGGGGGUGGUUACAACAAAUCAAACAACGUUACGUUUGGGCCGAAUUCUGGUGAAUAUAAUUUUGUUCCUAGUGUAACAUCUACACUGAAUACUAGAUGUGACGUCUCCGGGUCUGUGUACCGUAAACCUGUGAGGACGCCCCAAGCUUAUGAUGGUAGUACAUCCUUCAUGGACUACAGGUGCCAUUUUCAACUUUGUGCUCAACUUAAUAAUUGGAGUGAAAAUGAGAUGGCUUUACAUUUAGCCACAAGUUUAAAGGGCAGUGCCCAGAAAGUGUUGACGUCGUUAAAGGUGGAAGAUCGUUUAAUUUAUUCAAAUGUUAUCGGUGCUUUAGAAGACAGAUUUUUACCCCAAAAUCAGUGUCAAUUAUAUAGAGCCCAAUUGAAGGCCCGGAAAAGGAAACCAAAAGAAAGUCUGGGGAAGCAGUAA